UAUUCAAACUAAAAGUUCAUUUCGCGACGACGACACGACACGACGUUUACAAUCCGUAUCCGUCGGUAUCACAUUAAAAACGAUCGUCAAAAUUUUUUGUUAAAUAAAAAAUUUCUCCAACUUAAAGUUAACCCUUAUUUUUUGGAAAACUAAAAAUUUAAUAUUUUUUGGAAUAAAUUCCCAAUUUUUUUUUUACUGGAGAAAGUGAAAAUUAAACUAAAUAAUUAAUUUAUUUUUUUUUGGAAAUAAAAGUCAUAUAAAGUAAAAAUUUUUUGUCUUGACAUUUUUGUAUGAAAAAUAAAUCGUAUAUGUGCCGACUGUGCGUGACUGAACAAAAAUUAAAAAAUCGUCGCUCCAUAUAAAUUAAAAAAAAAAAAAAAAAAAAAAUUUAAUAAUAAAUUAAUUCAAAAUGUGCCAACAGCAACAAAACGAUAUGAAUUCACAAAUCGAAAUAUUCCUUGAAAAUGGUAUGCCCCGCAAAUUUGGCAAAUCGGUGGCAAGAACACUUAAAAAGCGUGCCGCUGCGGCAGCCGCUGCCGCUGAAAAAAAUAAUUGCACAAACUGUCAAAGAUGUGGUGGAUGUGUAAAUCCAUUGAAUGAUUUUAACAAUAAUCCAUGUGUGUGUAGUUAUAUUAUUGACAAUAGUGUUGGCAAUAGCAGUUGUAGUGAAGAUUCAACAUCAUCUUUAAGCGACGAUGAGGUUUUAAAUAAAUUAGUUCGUUCAUCAUUAAAAUCGAAUGGCAUCAAAUCAUCGUCAAAUUCUUCAACACCAACUGAAUCUGAAGAAGAUUCAGAUGAAUCAUUAGUUGAUUCAGAUACUGGAUUUCGUAGUAGCAGUAGAAAAUCAAGUCGACCAACAGUAUCAGGCUGUCCAAUGGCAGCUAUAUUUGCAGCUAGAAACAAACAAAACCUCAAUACAUCAACAACAUCAGUAGAAUCUCAUCAAGCAACAUCCGCUUCACCAUCAAAAAUGGCAGCUAUUGAAGCAUCCGGCAUGCCAACAGAUACAACAUUAAAAGAUGAUCUUUUAGCUAUAUCGACACAGCUGACAAAGAAAAUCUUAUAUAGAAUUAACCAAAUUACAACAAAAGUUCAAAAAUCUUCAACAUACAGAAUUUUAAGUAAAACAACACAGCCGGCCCAUGUCAUAGCCGUAAGCAUUGUUUCAUUUGUAUUGUUGGCCGUAUGGCCAAAUCUACUUGAAAACGAGGAGGCUGCAUUGAAUGCAAAUAAGAGACGUAGUGGUUUAGCAUUGGUCACGUAUUUAGGAGCAUUUGCAACACAUUUUGGUGCACAAAUAUGGAUGACAUUUGUUUCAGGUCUUGCAUUAUAUUUUGCCCUGCCGCGGCAUACAUUCGGCCUGUGUCAGCAGAUUUUGUUCCCAAAAUACUUUGCCAUGAACUCAAUGCUCAGUAUCCUCACCUUGAUUCUGUUUAUCAAAGUCAUUGCUGGACGUUGGGAAUUCUCAUCGUACGUACAAGUUAUUGCCCUUUCAACUUGUGCUGUCAUCGAAGUCACUGUCCGCCUUUAUCUCGCUCCACCACUCCUUCGUUUGAUGCGAGAGAAACACAAGUUCGAGGUCACUGUUGGUAGUGGACAAGAAAUUGGUACACUUGAACCUGGUGAUUUGGUCAAAUGCCCCCAUUAUCAAGGAAUUCACAAGGCAUUCCGUCGCAUUCAUAUGACAGUUGCUAUGGGCAAUAUGACAGUUUUGGUGUGUACAUUUUUGCAUUUGCAUUAUUUGGCUUCAAAAAUUAGUGUUGGAUAAGAAGUUGCAGAAACAAAAAAAUCCAAAAAAAAACUAUCCAUGAGAUGAGACAACACUAAAAUAAUCAUCAUUGGGUUUUAGUAUAUAAAAUGGCUCCCAACGUGAGGUUAAAAAAUAUAGAUAAAAUAUUUAUAAGAAAAAGAAGAACAGAUUCUAUCUGACUUUUUUUUUAAGAGAGAUCGAGAUAUUAAACAAAUUUUAAAAAAAUAUAUAAAUACACCAUUUUGAUAUCCUUAGACUUAUGCCAUUUGGGCUACAUUCAAGCAUAAAUAGAAUAUUGAAAAUAUUUGAAUUAUGUCUGUGAUAUAAAAUGUUAAAAAAAGCGGCAAAAACAGGAAGAAAUAACAAGCCGAAUAGGAAUUUUAAAAUCCAAAAAACCAAGUUGUUUAGGAAUAGAAGAAAAAUUUUAAGCUCCAAAAGCAACCAACAGAAAACAAAUUUCAUUUUAAUUUUAUAAUUUAGAAAAAAUAGAAAAACAAAAAACUCAUCCCUCAUCUUAAUUUAUAUUAAAAAAAAAAAAAGAAAUCCCAGCGAAAAUUUUACGAAAAAUUAAAAUUUAUUAUAAUAAAAAAAAUUAAAAAAAAAAAAACAAAAAAAAAAAAAUUAUAAUCACAUCAUUUUUAAAGAAAUUAUUGUAUUUUAAUAUUUAUUUUAGAAUUUAUAAAACAAGGAAAAAAAUUUUAUUAAUUAUGUGUAUGUUUGUUAGAAGUAUGUUGAUUUGAAAAAAAUUCAAAAUUUCAUUCUUUUGUGUUUCGAAAAUAUAAUAAAAUAAAUUAUGUAAUUUUGUGUAUGGUUUUAUAAAAAUUUUUUGCAUGUUUUUUAAUUUAAUUUAAAUAAAUAAUAAUAAAUGAGAAAAUGAUUUAAAUUAGUUUUUUUGGCAAGAGAAAAGAAGACACGAAGAAUGAAAAAAAAGAAGUAUUAUUAAAUAAUUGUGUUCGAUUUAAGGAAAAAGAAGAUUUUUAGACAGUUAAAUUUUAGAUUAUAACAGUAAAAAAAAAUUAUUUAAAUUUUAGAUUUAAGGAAAAAAAAGAAUGACAAACAAAAUUGAAAGAAUCAUGAAAUGA